AAAAAAAAAAAAAAAGAUGUCGCUCCCCGUCAAGCCUGGCGCAAGCUGGAAAAAGACCAACUACCCCAAUAUCAAGAACGCAGAUUACCCUGUCGAGGUCGCUGGCAAUGAGUCAUUCAACAACCUUUAUCUUGCUGGAACAAUUUUCGGAGUUCCCUUCGUCCUCGUCACGAUCCUAAAGUUGCCUUUCUGGACUUAUCCUAUUUUGACCAUUCUCCUUGCGUUGCCCAUCUUUGCCACCUACUUUGUGUAUGGAUCCAAGUAUGCUCUUCCCUUCAACAACCGCGUACAAACCCCUGGCAAGAAGGUUGAGGACUACUUGACCAUUAUCGACCCCGCUUUCCAGAAGUACAAGGGCAGGAACAGAAUUCCCAUGGAGACCUUCUUCGAGGCUUACUUUGACGGCAAGAUCGACAUUAACAUGGACUGUCUCGAAUUGUUCGAGAACCGCCACGAUUGGGCUGUGUUCAAAAUGACUGCUGGCCAGGCCAAAUUCUUUGUCACCCAAUGGAUCCCUGAGGUCAUCUGGCACUCAAAGAAGCAAGAUGAGGAUCAGGUCCGUGAUCACUACGAUAGAGGUGACGAUUUCUAUGCUGCUUUCCUUGGUCCUCGCAUGGUCUACACCUCCGGCAUCAUGUCUGAUGUUAACAAGAAGGAAACUCUCGAAGAACUGCAGGACAACAAGAUGAAGCUCGUUUGCGAGAAGAUGCAGCUCAAGAAGGGUGAACGCCAUCUCGAUAUCGGAUGCGGCUGGGGUACUCUCACUGCUUAUGCUGCCAAGAACUAUGGAACUGACUCGACUGGAAUCACCCUCGCACGCAAACAGGCUGAAUUCGGAAAUAAUCGCAUCAAGGAGUUUGGUGUCCCUGAAACUCAAGCCCGCAUCAAGUGCGUGGACUACCGUGAUAUCCCCAACGAAAAAUGGGACAAGAUUACCUGUCUUGAAAUGGCUGAGCACGUCGGUAUUCGCAGAUUCAACGAGUUUUUGCUUCAGGUCAGAGAAAUGCUCCACGAUGAUGGUCUCUUCUUCGUUCAGAUCGCCGGUCUUCGUGCUACCUGGCAAUACGAGGACUUUAUCUGGGGUCUUUUUAUGGCCAAGUAUGUUUUCCCUGGUGCCGAUGCAUCCAUGCCCUUGUACUGGGUUAUCAAACAACUUGAGUGCUCUGGUUUCGAGAUCAACAACAUUGACACUAUCGGAGUCCAUUACUCUGCUACUAUCUACCGCUGGUACCUCAACUGGAUGUCUAACCAGGAGUCUAUCACUGCCACUUAUGGCAAGAGGUGGUUCCGCACCUGGGAGAUCUUCCUUGCUUGGUCCACCAUCAUCGCUCGCCAGGGAUCCUCCACCGCCUUCCAGAUCGUUGCCCACAAGAAUCUCAACGCCUUUGACCGCGCUGGUGUUCAGAGCAAGAACCGCUUCAGCGUUUAA